CUUCCUUCCUUCCUUCCUUCUUUCCUUCCUCUCUCUCUCGCUGCCUCCCCUUUCCUCUUUUCUUUGAGCUUCUCUCUGAUGUGCAGUCUCUCCAGCUCGCGUGGGACUCUCUCUCUCUCUCUCUCUCUCUCUCUCUCCCUCCUCUGUGUGUGUGUGUGCGCGCGCUUUCCCUCUCCUCUCAGUGUUUUUCUGGAUCUGCGUUAAACUGUUUCCUCCUCCCGACUGUGGCUCUCGCCAUCCCUCUCUCUCUCUCUCUCUCUCUCUCUCUCUCUCUCUCUCUCUCCAGGCUGCGCCUCAUUGGUGUGUCCUGAUUCCCUUUUUCCAUUAGGCUCCAGGCCCAUUGGUCGCCUGCCUCCCAACCAUUAUCUCCACUUCUCCACCCCUCUCUGUCAUCCUUCCUCCCUGCGCGCUCGCGCUCUCCCUCUGCCUCUCUCUCGCUCUCUCUCUCUUUCUCUCCUCCUUCUUCUUCCCUCAUUCCCAGUCAUCUCGCAAGUCGUAAAAAUGAUUUGCGUGCUGGAGGAGAGCAGAACUUUACAGUGAGCACAGUGAGUGACCGGGGGAGAGAGAGACGGAAGUGAAGGAAAGGCUGAAAAAAAGGGGACAGGGAGCGCAUUCGCGAGGAAAAGUUUAAAGAGAAGACUGCAGUUGAAAAAUGAGUCUGGGGGAGAUGUGGUGAGCCCUUUCUCCCUAGCUGAACGUCAUUCGGGCACAGUGGAAGCAGAGGUCUGGACCACAGAGCUGUCUCAACUCCAAACCACUGCAGAUGGAGCUGGAUGCAGACGAUAAGCGCCAUCGAACACGCUCCAAAGUGCCUGUGGAUCCAGCGUUAACAGAGCUUUUCAGUGCGUAUGGCUGCCCUCUGGCCAAGAAGAGGAAGAGUCUAGACAGACAAACCCUGGAAACGUCCCCGAAGAGGAGCUCCUACCUAGAUGACAUGGACAACUCCACAAUGGAGGAAUGCUAUGAGACAGACGCAACGGAGGAGAUGGACGAAAGGGAGGAAGAGGAGGAAGACGGUGCUGUAGAGGAGGAGGAGGAGGAAGAAGAAGGGCAGGUGGAAGAGGAAGAGGAGGAGGUGGAAGGCUACAUGGACUACAACAUGGAGCAGAUGGAGCACGAAGACGGGGAAGUAGAGAGAGGUGAUGGAGAUGGGGAUGACGAGGACGAGGAGGAGGAGGAGGAGGUAGAGGUGGAGCAAGAAGAGGAGGAGGAGGGUGAUGAGGACAGAGUGGAGGAGGCGGAGGAGGAGGAAGCGGUAGAGGAAGUGGACUAUGAAGAGGAAGAGGAUGUAGAGCAGAGUCAAGGGCAAGCAGAGGACGAUCAGAUGAGCGGCGGUGAGGGGGGCGAGGGCGUCGGGGGAGGCGGCAGCAGCAGCGCCAAGUCUGGCCCGGCGACAGAGAAGGACGGCAACAACAACGAAGAGUACGAGAACUACGACGAACUCGUGGCCAAGUCGCUCCUGAACCUGGGGAAGAUCGCCGAAGACGCCGCCAACCGCGCCAUGACGGAAUCUGAGAUGAACAGCAACUCCUCCAACAGUGCCGAGGAAGAGGAGGAGGAGGAGGAGGAGGAGGAGGAGGAAGAAGAGGAAGAGGAGGAGGACGAUGAAGAGGAGGAGGAAGAGGAAGACGAGGACGAGGAAGAGGACGAGGAAGAGGAAGUGGAUGAAAGACAGAGGCCUGAUCUGAGUUUGGAUGUGGACAGCGACGUGGUGCGUGAGACGGUGGACUCCCUCAAACUGUUGGCACAAGGUCACGGCGCCGUGUUGUCGGACAAUUUAGACGGACAGGAGUUUGAGGACGGUUCUGCCGGGACCCGGGGCGACGGCGGCUGUCCUCUGAACGGUGGGAACGCGCACAACGGUGCUAAUGGACAGCAUAAGACCACCGGUAACGGACAGACGGACAACAGCGAGGAGGAAGUGUGUCUGAGCAGUCUGGAGUGCCUACGGAACCAAUGCUUCGACCUCGCGCGGAAGCUAUGCGAAACAAAGUCCACUGACAGAAACGGUCCGGCCCAGGAAAGUCACUUCCUGUGCGGGAACCCCAAUCAGCAGCCGCAGCACCAUGGCUACUCAGAGUUCCACCACUGCCAGGACGACAGGCGGACACUUGACAGGAACUAUUCAGACAUGGACAAUCUCAUGAAGCUGGAGGAGCAGCUGAGCCCGCGCUCCAAAGCCUUCUCCAGCUGUGCGCAGGACGACCGCUAUCACAUCAACCACCGGGACUUCGACGAGGACACCGCCUCGGUGACGUCGGACCGAUCAGAAGAAGUGUUUGACAUGACAAAGGGGAACCUGUCCCUGCUGGAGAAGGCCAUCGCACUAGAGUCGGAGCGCGCCAAGGCCAUGCGGGAUAAAAUGGCGGCCGAGGCUGCCAGGAGAGACGGCGUGAGGUACAACCAUGAAGACCACGGCCCGCGGCACGGUUAUGGCGUUGAGCGUAAAGCCCGCCUGCCUGAUGGACUGAAGAAGCCUUUCUACCAUAAAGACGCUUCUCGUGCCGACAAGAAGGAGAGCCGGUGUCCGACACCGGGCUGUGACGGCACCGGUCAUGUGACCGGCCUGUACCCGCAUCAUCGGAGCCUGUCUGGCUGUCCGCACAAAGACAGGGUGCCGCCAGAAAUUGUGGCAAUGUAUGAGAAUGUUCUAAAGUGUCCUACGCCUGGCUGCACGGGACGCGGCCAUGUCAAUAGCAACAGAAACUCCCACAGAAGUCUGUCUGGAUGUCCCAUCGCUGCGGCCGAGAAGUUGGCUAAAGCCCACGAGAAGCACCAGACCUGCACUGGCCCCAAGUCCAACCAGGCCUCCGACAGAGUCUUGAGGCCUAUGUGCUUUGUCAAACAACUGGACUAUCCACAGUAUGGUUACAAGAACAAUGUCUCCACCAGCACGCCCCGCUCCAACCUGGCCAAGGAGCUGGAGAAGUAUUCCAAGACCAGCUUCGACUACAGCGCCUUCGACGGCGGCAGCAACCACCAGGUGUACGGGAAACGGGCCAUCGCACCCAAGCUGCACGGACAGAGAGACACGUCACCCAAAGGAUAUGACGCCAAACGUUACUGCAAGAACUCCAGCUCGGCCAGCAGCACCACGAGCACCUACGCGCCCAGCAGCAGCAGCAGCAACCUGAGCUGCGGCGGGGGAGGGCGCGGCGCGGGAGGAGGAGGGGGCGGCGGCAGCAGCGCCAGCAGCACCUGCAGCAAGAGCAGCUUCGACUACAGCCACGACAUGGAGGCCGCCCACAUGGCGGCCACGGCCAUCCUCAACCUGUCCACGCGCUGCAGGGAGAUGCCGCAUGGCAUGGACGGGAAGCCUCAGGACCUCUGCUCGCAGAGUCCUGGUCUCGAUGUGGAUGAGAACGGUACAUUGGACCUGAGCAUGAGCAAGCGUCUGUGCAGCGGCGACGCUGGGGGAGACUCUGUGCUCACCCCUCUGGAGCCCAUGUCGCCCCAGAGGCAAGCCGCCCUGCUGGGCUCCCGCUGCUACGGCAUGGGGGACGCCGCUGACUGCUGGGACCUGCCAGUGGACUACACCAAGAUCAAACACAUAGAUGAGGACGACAAAGAGCCAGAUGAACUGGAUCCCUUCCACGACCUGCUGGAGGAUCGCUCCUUCACCACGGAUGUCAACAUGCCCAGUCCCAAGCCCAAGUACCUCCAGUGCAAGGAGAGUAAGAAGGACCUGAUAACUCUCUCAGGUUGCCCUUUAGCUGAUAAAAGCAUUCGAAGUAUGCUGGCCAACAACGCGCAAGAGCUCAAGUGCCCGACACCAGGGUGCGAUGGUUCGGGACAUAUCACUGGCAACUACGCCUCACACAGAAGUCUCUCAGGGUGUCCACGGGCCAGGAAAAGUGGGAUAAAGAUCAUCCACAGCAAAGAGAACAAGGAAGACCAGGAGCCUAUCAAGUGUCCGGUCCCCGGCUGUGACGGUCAGGGACAUGUGACCGGGAAGUAUGCGUCCCACAGAAGUGCGUCCGGAUGCCCCAUAGCAGCCAAGAGGCAAAAGGACGGCUAUCUAAACGGCAUCCAGUUCACAUGGAAGUCGGGGAAGACGGAGGGCAUGUCCUGCCCCACGCCGGGCUGCGACGGCUCGGGUCACGUCAGCGGCAGCUUCCUCACACAUCGGAGUCUGUCGGGUUGUCCACGUGCCACCUCCGCCAUGAGGAAAGCCAGGCUCUCUGGAGUAGAAAUGCUCACAAUAAAGCAGCAACGCGCCAGCAACGGGCUGGAGCACGAGGAGGAGAUCAAACAGCUGGACGACGAAAUCAAAGGUUUAAGUGAAUCUAAUUCGCAAGUGGAGUCCGACAUGAUUAAGCUGAGAACGCAGAUCACAACCAUGGAGUCCAGCCUGAAGUCCAUGGAGGAGGAAAACAAGGUGAUUGAACAGCAAAAUGAAUCUCUCCUGCAUGAGCUGGCCGACCUCAGCCAGUCACUGAUUAACACUUUAGCUAAUGUGCAGCUCCCUGAUAUGAAACCACUGGCGCACAAAGAGCCUCCGCUACAGAACAGCUGCUUACAGAUGCACCAACAAGGGCCAAUCAGCGAGCAGAACUUUGACGCCUAUGUGACCACUCUAACGGAUAUGUACACAAACCAAGACCAGUACCAUAACCCUGAAAACAAAGCCCUGUUGGAAAACAUCAAGCAAGCUGUUCAAGGGAUUCAAGUGUAACCAUGCAGUCAAAGGAGACUCUGUUUCUUUCCCCAGCAGACGUGGCUGGUGAAUCAAACCCACGGGCAAACAGGCAGAGAUGGUGCAGUAUCUUAUAUAGUGUUAAUAUUCUCAAUUCUUUUUUUUUCUCUCAAAAAAAGAGGUGUCACGCUUAGAAAGACCUCGAGAUCAUUUCUUUCCGUCUUUCGUUCCUUUUUUGGCUCUUGCUUUGAGGAAGAACACAAACGAGUAAACCGCAAAGUCGUUUUUGAAGACAUUCACAUUUUGUACGUUUUCAUAUGAGCUGACAUCGUGUCAUGUCAUGUUUCUAGCUGCUCAUGUAUGCACAUUUUUAGUGUAUAUUCCUGAACAGUAAGCUAAUGAUAAGGGAACAUUCGUUCCCUUUAUCGUUUGGAAAAAAAAAAACAAGGACAGUGAAAUAAAAGUGAAAAAAACCACCGUGUGUAAGAAGAAAGCGGUUUGGUUUUCUCUCAGCGGGUGAUUUUGGACUUGUUUCUUCUCCUUCUUCCUCUUCUUCUUCUUUUCUUCUUCUUGUGUGUAGAUUAUUCAAGAACAAGAACUGGUUUGCAAAUUGCUUUAUUUUCUGACAAUGCUUGAGAAAUGUUUGUGUUUGUUUUUCCUUUCCUUUCUUUUUUUUUAUGGAAAAAAAAGGAAGUGUAGCUGUAGGUGGGGGCAUUUUUAAUCGGUGCUGUAAAUGAAUCUGAAGAGGAAACUGACCAGAUGUUUGUAUGAAUGUAUGUAUGAACAGUCUGCAUAUUGUAAACAUCACUACACGGAAACCCGAUGGUGGAAUUCCCAAGAUCUAGGAGAGCCAAUUCCUUCCUAGAGGAACACAUCUGUGCGGCGCAUGCAUGUUCACAUGCUCAUCCUUGAUUAAUCUCAAAUAGAAAUGACGUGUAAAGACAAUGACCUAGACCACGUUUUAGCCUUUCUAGUAUCAAAUCUGCUCAAUCUCAAGACCUGUGUUGCUAGGAUCAAGAAACGUCUCAGCAAUAGAAUUAUGAAAUCAUUUGUUUAUAUAAGGUACAGGAUGCAAUCUGCGAAGGAAAAAAAAACGGUUGGGUAUAUGCAAUUUCUUGUUUAUAAGCAUAGAGGGGUAACAUGAGUCUUUUUAAUAUAGCCUAUGUAAAAUAUUGAUUUUUAUACAAAUCUUUUAAUACAAAAAGUCUUUUUAAAAAAGAGGAGGGAACCUGAACAUUGAGAUUUAGAAGGGGGAAAGUAUAUGAGUUCCACUUUUUUUCUGUACGAUUUUGCACAGGGACACCUUCGUUUCCAUGUUUUGAUGUUCUUACAGGAACUAAAAGCAGUACCCGAGCACCUAAAAGGAGGGUUUCAGAGCGUUUUUUAAAGAGUAUUUAUAGAGUAUGACAGCGGGACUUACAGGGUCACUGUCCCCACUUAUGUGCCAGUAGACUAUUUGCACUUGUCCUUGAAGAUAUUAUCCUUGUGUACGGCGGCGUGCAAUUUUCCAGGUGACCUCUUUGGCACACGAUUGGAGCAACCAACUGCUUGGAGCCACUGUAUGUGUGGAUUUAGUACCACUGAAGAAGGAAGAACAGGGACUUGAAAUCAGAGAAAAAAGGAUGAUUAUAACCAUAGCAGUUAUACUGUAGGCUAUUAUGUAAAAAAAAAAACAUUAACAAAGUUAUUUCAUUUUUGCUAUGUUUUAGGAAGAUGAAGUUAUCCCCCAGCAGCACUUUAUAUCUAAUCACUGUACAAAGGAUAAAUAGUCAAUCAAUUGAAGUUUUUUUCUUUUCUUUUGUUUUUUUAAGUGAAAGAAAACAAAGGUCUAGUGAAACGAGACCCUCGUGGGGCUUUGCAAUCCAGCAUAACGCCUGUAUGCCUGGCUGUAUACACCCAUCCAAUCUGUUGUUCUAGUUGUUAGCGAUCAUGUUCAAAAUUUGCCUUUUUGAGAGCUGAUGCAAAAGGUGCUUGUCGUCCACCUAACCCAAUCCCAUCUAUUGUACUUUACUGUCCUCUUUCAGGACUCUACUACCCAUCACCCAUGACUGCAUACGCCUUUUUCCACAGCAUCGUGUCUGCAGCUUUUUGCCAAUUAUAGUAAUGCUUCAGUAGAGUAAUAGCUAGUACCAGUUUUUGAAUUAAUUCUCAUUAUCAGCGGAAAAAUGGAAAAAGGGGUUUUUAAAGCACAAACUGGCUGCUCAUCUGAUGUUGGUACAUAAACAACAAAUCUGAAAAGAGUUAUCUGUGACUAUCUAUAGGGAACACAAAACGGUUGUCAAGUAUUUAGAAUGCCGACUUUUCAUAUCAAUUAUUGUGAAUUUCAUCAGAGUUUAUUAUUUUAUUUGAGCCGAUUCAUUUGGAGGUUGAUUUGAGUGUCCAUCAACAAAGACAGGAUUUUGUAUAAACUAUUGUGCUCUCUGUGGAACUGAAGUUUGAUUUAUUUUUGUACUACACAGCAUGGAUUUGUUGACAUUUUAAUUUUGCUAUAAAUGUGUGAGAUCACAAGUUGCUGUGAUAUUUAAUUUAUAAAUUGUGAACUUUGUACAAUUUUUGUCAUGCUGGAUGUUGACACAUCUUACUCUGAAUAAAGAAAAAAAAUGGUGUUGCCA